UGGUCAGUCAUUUGUUAAUGAUAACCGUAUUGAUAUAUUCGUAAAUUGAUAUAAUUCACAUAUUUUUGGGAUAUAGAUGAUUUUAAUAAUAAAAAUUAAUAAUCCGCAAUGAUUUACAUUAUUUAAUAAUAAUUUUUAAUAAUAAGUUAAUCAAAUGUGAUUACUAACAUAAGUGAAGUAUUACAGAAAGAUGAAAUGAUAUCAAAAGAAAGGAAAAAAGUUCGUCGAAUCGGUGUUAUAUCUAAACCUGAUAAUUUAGAUUAUCAGUUGGUUAAAGGAAAUAAUGAUCAUGAUAAAAAAUAUUCAGUAGAUAGUCAACAGAAAUUUCCAUUUAAUUUAUCUCGAAUAAGAAGUCCAUCAAUAAUAUAUGCUUUCAUUAAACGUAAACAUUCACAACCAACUGAUACUAAAGAUAUCUCAUCUAAUUACACAAGAAAGCAUUCAGUGCCUAUUUCAUUUAUCAGAGAAAGACUAUCUUCUUCACAGUCACCUGAUCAAUGUAAUUUACGUUUAAGUAAUAUAGAUGAAAAAUUAACUAGUCACCCUUCUGACAUAUUUGACAAUGAACAAGUAGAUGAGGUGAUUGGAAGAGAAACACGAAGUACUUCUCUUCAACGUGUAUCAUUUGCAACACAACAUUUGGAAAUAAAUUUACCAGAUGAUGAAAAUAUUAUAUCAGAAGAUGAAAAUCAUAUAUCUAAUACCAAAGAAGAAUAUUGUAAAGAUAAUGUAGCCAAUGCUUUGGAAAAUUAUAAAGAGAGCAAAUGUAGUACUUCUAAAAGAUAUCCCCGUUAUUCAUUGCCAGUCUGAAAUUGAUCAGUCUCAUGUUGGCAUAUAUGCAUCCUGUGUGGAUUGCCUCGGUAUAGCUUUAAGUCACAAGCUUUUUAAGCAACGAUGACGAGUCUCAAAUAGGACGAAACGCACGUCCUGGAUUCCACUGUUAGCCAUUAUUUAUCUUUGCUUACAUCAAGUUUUGUCUAGUCUCGUUUCGAUGAAGUACGUAAGCAUAAAUGAUUAAGAUUUGGAAUUGUUAUUAAAUAACGAUUACUCUUUUCAGUAGUUAUUUUUAAAAUAAAUAUUGUAUGGUGUAUAGUGUAUGUAACUUGAUAAUUUCUAAAUUCAAUUUUCAUGAAAUAUUUUACCAUAAUUUGAUCCGUCUAACUGAUUGCUAUAAAUGCAUAAUCCAAAUUUUAUUAUUAUUGUGACAUUGUCUAUUUAAGAUGAAGUAAGUAGACAAGAUAAAGAUUAGUUCUUCUAUAAACAAAUAGUUUUAUUGACGUAUACAUUUUCAGUAGUAUAUCAACACACAUAGGUUUUGAUGAGUAUAUUAAGCAAAGCUGAUGGGUUUAAUUAUAUAUGUUAGUAGAGUCAUAAGUUAUUAGAUAGUCAAAGUAGAAUAGAAAAGUGUACAAUCUAGUUUCGAUUUCCUCAAAACGUCUUUUCUAAUUAUACUUUUGAAUUUAUUUUGUAAAAACAGUUACUUAAUCAACAUAGUUACCGUAUAAAUGUAUCAUUGUAUUAGUAUCCUUUUUUUAAAUCAGAUUAUGUGAUCAGCACUUCACUAAAUCCUAAUAUGUUUUUGAUUAUAUUCAGUGAAACUUCCUAUUCAAUCGGUUGUAAUAAAAGAGGGAAUUAUUCUUUAUUGUCUAUCAGUCAUUAGCGACAUAGAAUCUGAUACAUAUGAGCAUCAGUCUAGGGCGCCACAUGAAGAUGCCAGAGAAGUACAAGUAGCAACAGUAUCAUUGGCAAUAUGUAGGUUUAGGCAUAGAAAAUCCGAAUCUAGAAAAAAAAUAUGGAUUAGUGAAUUUAAAAAAUCAUUAAGGCAAUUUAGAAACUUAAGAUCAGAGAAAAGACAAAUAAUGAGUGGUUAUGAGCCACGUCAACAAAGUCUCUAACUGUUGAUCACGACGAUCACGUUGAACGUAACCACAUAGUUCACACCUACCUACACUACUCAAAAACAGCCAUAUAUUUCCAUACUUCUAUUCAUUUAAAGUAAGGGAAUAUUUUUAAAUGAUUUAAACAUAUUCCUUUAAUAACAAGAUUUGUUUCUUGAGUCGUAAAACAUGUUAUACUAGGCUUGAAGUAUUUGACUUGUGCUCAUAUCAGUAAUAUCGACCGAAACUUAUGUUUGAAAGUUGAGGCUGUGUUUUAUCAGGCACUAGAUUGAUGACCCAGAGUAGAUUGUUAAUCUUCUUCAAUAAUCUAUCCUAAUUAAUCGACAUGUUUUACAAAUAUUUUUAAUUUUUUGAACCUUCUUCUACUUAAUCACAACACUUUGGGGCGACUACAUCGAUUAAAUUGGUUAACCUCAAAAAUUGACGAAACGUAUUUUUAAGUUUAUUACUUAUUUUGGUGAUAACCAAUUAUUGUGGAGCCAAUCCCUGUCGAGUAUAGACAGGUAUCUACCCCAGUACAAUCAAAGAUGGUCACGCAAUUUCGUGGAUUGGUUGAGGUUAGAAAUUAACACCGUUAGAUGCCGGCUUAGUGUUCUAGAGAUUAAGCGUUCGCGCGCAAGAUUGGAGGCCCUGGGUUAGAAUCCCGCGAGUGGUAUCGUGGAUGCGCACUGUUGAGGAGUCCCAAUAUAGGACGAAAUGGCUGUCCAGUGCUUCCAGGUUUCCAAUGGUGGUUUAACAUCAAUC